GCCCCAAAUUGUCUAGCAGUGUCUGUUAGGGCUGUCUCUUUUUCUACCACUUAAAGUUCAGUAGGACUGCUUACUGUGGAAUUGGUUUUUAAAGAUGUAUUGCUUCCAUUGAUAUGAUACCAAUAGAUAUCUUUCUUGCAAAAAGGGAGUUCUGCUGUUUUAUAUUACAGGGGAGAAUCUUUCUUUUCAUUCUCUACGCUGCUGCUUCUAUAUUCCAUUUAUUUUACACCCAUCUUCCCAACCUGGUAGCCCCUUCCUCAAGCUGUUUAACUUCCAAAAGUUGGAAUAUGGAAAUGAAUAGCUCCUAUAGAAAAGAGAAUUACUCAUGGGUAAUUUUUAUUUUCUGAAGAUGGCCACUUACACUUAAUAUUCCCUACCCCUUCCUUCAGUUUGAGGAUUCUGUAACUUUUUUGCACAUGUGAGAAUUACCAUCUUUUGCUUUAAAGGAAAGCUAAUUGUGGCUUCCAGGUAUUUUUGACUGAUUCUGAGUAGUUGUUAGCAGUAGAGCAGCAUGGUAAAUGCUUCAGGCAUACCUAUCUCAGAGGCUAAAAUCUUAAACCCUGGGAGAUUCUGCUUGGAUCGGGGCAAAAACAAAGACCCGCCUGCCCAGUAAUUCAGGAAUGGGAAUCUGUAGUGGUGGUUAUACCUAGGAGAACAAGAACUUCAGCUAAGUAAUCGUCUCUCUUCUUUUCUUUAUAGGUUUGGAAGAGCGCCAUUCUAAGAUGCAAAGAAAUCUGGACUUUUAACUCUAUGCUACCUAAAUAUAGAAAUUUGAAAAUUGUAGCUUCCUUGCAGUUUAUUUUAUGAUAUUUGUACCUUUUACUUUUUCUGUAGUUUAUAUCCAAGAAAUACCAUGAGCACAACUCAGCAAAAACGUCGUGGAGGAGAAACUGGUUCUAGGCAAACACAAAAACGAAGUAGGCUGGCAGCUUCAGCUACAGAGAUGGCUUCAGAAGCAGAGCCAAUAGAACUUGAAGAAAGUGCUGGUGAAGAAGUAGUAGAUCUCACAUGCGAAUCGUCUGAACCUGUAGUAGUUGAUUUAACUCGCAAUGAUUCUGUUGUGAUUGUUGAAGAGAAUCAGCAACCAAGGCGAAAUCUAGGGCUAAGAAGCCAACGGCAGCCAGACAGUUGUGUAUUAAGUAGUGAUGAUGAAGAUGACUCAAGGGAUACUGAUGCAUGUGAAAGAAAUAAUAUUUAUGGAGGAUCAAAAACAUUGGAAGAUGAAACCACGGAUUCAAGGCCUUCAGGUACCAUUAGUUGUCCAAUUUGUAUGGAUGGCUAUUCAGAGAUUAUACAGAGUGGACGACUUAUUGUGGCAACCAAAUGCGGUCAUGUUUUCUGCAGUCAGUGCCUCCGUGACUCCCUUAGAAAUGCUAACUCUUGCCCAACUUGUAGGAAAAAACUCAGUCACAGACAGUAUCAUCCAAUUUAUAUAUGAGCACUUAAAUUCUUCUCAGGACAGCCUCAACUGGAUUUGGGGGAUAAUGUCAAGCAUUUCCAGUAUCCUGAACAUUAAAGGAAAAGCAGGUUGUAUACAUGCCCCAAUGUAAUAAAACUGAUUUUUGAAGAAUAACUUGUACAUAUCUAAACAGCUUUUUUCUAUGGUCCAAACUUAUUGUCAGAAGUUGCUUCUUGUUUUGUCACUUGUUAUAGUGUUAAGUUUUUGAGGGUCUGCAAACAGACCAGUCAGUAUGUAUUAGAAGUGAAGCAGUUUAAUCCAUUUUCUGCUGCUGCUUCUGAAAUGCUUGUACACAACAGUUCUGUUUUUGAUAUUUCUUAGGCUUUUUAAAAAUUACUACUUUAUCCCCUCCCCUCCCCCC